AUGCCAAGGGCGGCCGGAGGGGAGAAGUGGUGGGACCCCACGCUCACAGAGUGGCCGGAGAACGACUUUCGCAUCUUUGUGGGCGAUCUGGGCAAUGAAGUGAAUGACGAUGUGCUGACAAAGGCGUUCCAGAAGUUCACGUCCUUCGCCAAGGCCAAGGUCAUCCGCAACAAGCACACCAACAAAACCAAAGGGUUUGGGUUUGUAAGCUUCACGGACACAAUAGAGGGGGUGAAGGCGCUGCGGGAGAUGGACGGCCAGUACAUUGGCAACAGGCCAUGCAAGCUCAGGAAGUCCACCUGGGACGAGCGCACCAAUACCCAACAGCUGAACAAGAAGCGGAAGGGCCAUCACGACGGCAAGCCCGUGCUCAACAUGAAGAAGCACGUCGGCGUGCUGCACAGAUAG